AUGCCUCUACGUGAGAAAGAACAUAUUUCUAACUCUCCUGCUUGUUUCUUUUCAGCUUCUAUGUUCGAUGAGAUGGGGUAUAAAGGCUGGUUUUCUCCCGCUUCUAUAUACAUCGACCUAACAACUGGAGUUGAUGUCCUAUGCAUUGUUACCAUGAAUAAACCAUUUGGCAGACUCAUCCGCUCGGAACUUUUUACCUUCCUCAUUGGACCUGAAAAGGUUCCUUUCGUUGUGAAUUCCGAAGCGAUUGCAAAGCAAUCAUCCGCGCUCCAUGGGCUGGUAAACGGCAAUAUGCUAGAGGCACAUUCUAGAACGGUAGUAUGGCCUGAUGUGGAUGAGGAUACCUUUGUUCGGUUCUGCGAAUUUUGUUGUUUAGACAACUAUUCCCCACCUAGCUGUGGCUGGGAUAGUAAUCCCGCGAAGGAAGCUGUUCCGGUGGAAGAUGACAGUCAGUCUGAGAAGUUGGCACAUGCUUUGGAAUCACCUUUGAUGUCGCCAGUAUCAAUUCCUUCUGCCCCAAAAACCAAGAGAAAAGGAAAGGAAAAGGGCUCUUUUACUUCACGCCCAAAGCAAAGCUUGGAACCUAGUUCGGAUAUAACAGAGGAUCAAAGAUACAUGCUCCCGGAGAAAUGCGCCCAGUUCACUGAGCAGUUCAAACCCUUCUCCAAUGUCACGCAUGACCAGGACUUUACUCCUGUUUUUCUUGGCCAUGCUAGACUUUAUGUUAUAGCAGACAAAUAUUGCAUCGAGGCGCUAAAAGAGCUGGUGCUGUUCAAGCUCUAUACGACACUAAAAGCUUUCACCCUCUUUCCCAGAAGAAUCGGAGACCUUGUCAAGCCCAUCCAAUUUGUCUACAACGAGGACAACACGCGAGGAGGUUCUAAACAGAUUGACCCCCUACGGCAACUUGUGACACGGCACAUGACAACUGUGUUGAAGGACGUUGCCAUGGAUUCUGCUUUUCUCGGACUCCUUCUAGAGGGAGGCGAGUUCGUUUCUGACUUUUUGACAGUGGUUUGGGCAAAGCGAGAGAACUUGCUAGGGUGCAAUAAUUGUUUGGGAUAA